UUUACUACGCUGAAAGGAGAGCCUGAGCAGGUGUUUGUGUCCGUCAUGGUCAACACUCACUUGGCCUCCACCUGCUGCUGCCGCUUCUUUUAUACUCCCCGGUCUGUGGACUUCUCCUCCAGUUGCUUUCUUCACACGUGCCGAGUGCUUUGUGGCUAUGCUCUCCUCGCCCGCCGUCAUCCUGCAGCCUUAUGGACUUCCUGUCUACCCACAGAGCAGCACAUGUUACCCCGGCAUGGUGCAGGGGGGCCCCACCCAAGAGGCGGGCCCGGGCGGGGCCGACCCCGCCCUGUCUCAGGUAUACGCCCCGCCCCCUUCUUACCCUGUCCCAGGUCAAGGGUCGGCGACUUCUGCGGGGCGGCUGCCGCCUCUGGAGUUUGCUCCCGCUCACCCCGCCUCCGAGUACCCCGAGCGCCCCCAGCUGAGGGUCUACCAGGGCCCCCAGCUCGAGGGGGCGGAGCCACUGAUGUCCAGCGGCACGGACGACGCCCCCGUGACCUCCGACCUCCAAGCCCCGCCCGGCGGCGGCGGCGAGGAGGAGGAGGAGGGGGAGGGGUCGGCCCAGCCCAAGCGCCUGCACGUCUCCAACAUACCUUUCCGCUUCCGGGACCCUGACCUGCGGCAGAUGUUCGGGCAAUUCGGGAAGAUCCUGGACGUGGAGAUCAUCUUCAACGAGAGGGGGUCAAAGGGCUUCGGCUUCGUGACCUUCGAGAGCGCCGGCGAGGCCGACCGGGCCCGGGAGAAACUGAACGGCACCAUCGUGGAAGGGAGGAAGAUCGAGGUGAACAACGCCACAGCGAGGGUGGUCACCAAGAAGCCGCAGACGACGCUGGUGAACGGCGACAUGUCGGGUAAAGACAACCUUGCCUUCUCGACACUCAAAGAAAUAAAAAUGAAAAAGCUGUUCUUGCCCGCAGCUUCCGGCUGGAAGAUCAACCCGGUCAUGGGCGCCAUGUACGCACCCGAACUUUACACGGUGGCCAGCUUCCCCUACCCGAUGGCGGCGCCCGCUCUGGCCUACCGCGGCUCGGCGCUGAGGGGCCGAGGGCGAGCCGUCUACAACGCCAUCCGCUCCGCCGCCGCCACGCCCGCCGCCGUGCCCGCCUACCCCGGAGUGGUGUACCAGGACGGUCUCUAUGGAGCAGAACUAUAUGCCGGUUACCCUGCUGCCUACAGGAUGGCCCAGUCUGCCGCCUCUGCCACUGCAACCUACAGUGAUGGGUACGGCCGUGUGUACGCCGCUGCUGCGGACCCCUACCACCACUCGGUGGGGCCCACCACCACGUACGGCGUCGGCACGGUGGCCAGUUUGUACCGGGGAGGAUACAACCGCUUCACGCCCUACUGAUGACAUCAUCCUCGCCAUCAGCCAAUCACAAUCAAGUUGUACAUAUGGACGCGUUGUCAUGCCAACGACGGUGUAUUAUUUAUGAACACAAUUAGUGUGUGUGUGUGUGCGUGCGUGUGUGUGUGCCUCACCAACUACCUCUCUUCGUCUUCUUGCUGGUGUGUGUGACAUGUGCCACAAAUAAAAGUUGAUCCUGGCUUACUUCCUGAAAGAAAGAAAUACAUUUGUCUUGUUAGUGCCAAACCUUUUUUCCCACACUGAAUUUAUGGAACAGCAAUUGUUUUGCUUUUUGAAUUUUGGGAACUGAUUUUUUUUUUUUUUUAUAGCCAAUGAUGCUGUUGGUUUCAAUGAACUGUGAGCAGAAUGUGUUGAAAAAAAAAAACGUGUUUUUAAAAUUCAGUGUAAAAAAAUGUGUGUUAAUUCACUGGAAGUGGGGCUUCAGUUUUGAAUAUUUCUGUACUGAAAUUUACACACCAGAUUUUUACCCUGUAAAUUUUUACACACUAGAUUUGUACAGCGCUUUGAGUCACUAGAGAAAAGCGCUAUAUAAAUACAAUUAACUUCACUUCACUUACCCACUGAAAUUUUAAAAACUGAAUUUUCACACUAAGUUUUUACACACUGCAUUUUUACACAGUGAAUUUUUACACACUUGUUACACAGUGAAUUUUUACACUAACUUUUUUACAAACUGAAUUUUUACACUAAGUUUUUACACACUGCAUUUUUACACACGGAAUUUGUACAUACUUGUUACACACUAAAUUUUUUACAAACUGAAUUUUUACACACUAAUUUUUUACCUACUGGAUAUUUACACACUGAAUGUGUACACAUUAAAAUUUUACACACUGGUUUUUUUACACAUUGAAUUUUUACACAAAAUUUUUAAACAUAUUUUUUUACACACUUCAUUUUUACACAUUGGGUUUUUACACACUAGUUUUGUAAAACGCUUUGAGUCACUAAAGAAAAGCGCUAUAUAACUAUAAAUCACUUCACUUCACUUAUACACUGAAUUUUUACAACAAGUUUUUUUUACACACUGAAUUUUUACGCACUUGUUUCUUACACACUGCAUUUUUACACUCUGGAUUUUUACACACUAAUUUUCACAUACUGGGUUUUUACACACUAGAUUUGUAAAACGCUUUGAGUCACUAGAGAAAAGCGCUAUAUAAAUAUAAUUCACUUCACUUACACACUGAAUUUUUACACUAAGUUUUUACACACUAAUUUUUUACCUACUGGAUAUUUACACACUGAAUGUGUACACACUAAAAUUUUACACACUGAAUUUUAACACACUUGUUUUUUUAUACAUUGAAUUUUUAAACAUAUUUUUUUUACACACUUCAUUUUUACACACUGGGUUUUUACACAAUAGUUUUGUAAAACGCUUUGAGUCACUAAAGAAAAGCGCUAUAUAACUAUAAAUCACUUCACUUACACACUGAAUUUUUACAACAAGUUUUUUUUACACACUGAAUUUUUACGCACUAGUUUCUUACUGCAUUUUUACACUCUGGAUUUUUACACACUAAUUUUCACACACUGGGUUUUUACACACUAGAUUUGUAAAACGCUUUGAGUCACUAAAGAAAAGCGCUAUUUAAAUAUAAUUCACUUCACUUACACAAAUUUUUACACUAAGUUUUUACACACUGAAUUUUUACACACUGGAUUUUUACAAACUGACUUCUUACAAACUAAUUUUUUACACACUGAAUGUGUACACACUAAAAUUUUACACACUGAAUUUUCACACACUUGUUUUUUUAUACAUUGAAUUUUUACACUUGGUUUUUACACACUGAAUGUGUACACACUAAAUUCUUAAACACUGAAUUUUUACACACUAAAUUUAUACAGAUUUUUUUACACACUUAAUUUUCACACACUGGGUUUUUACAGACUGAAUUUCUACACACUGAAUUUCUACACAGAAGUUCUAUAUUUAAAUUUUACAUACUAUUUUUACACACAAUUUUUACACACUGAAAGUGUAUACACUGUAGUUUUACACACUAAAUUGACAUUGAUUUUGUACUCUAAAUUUUGAAACAUAAUUUUGAAAACCGAAUUGUCACACACAGAACUUUUUUUUUUUUUACCCAGCAAUACUACGCUCCAUCUGCCUCACCAAGUUAGCUAGCUGAUGUUUUUGAUGACUUCUUUCUUUAAUUCAACUAAAAUAAUUACUUUGUGUCUUCCCGCGCUUGUGAAAACAAAGUUCGGUCCGUCACAAGCGAUGAGCUAAUGCUAACGCUAGCGGAAGUAGGGUUGACCGUCACUUCCGCUACUCGUAACCUAAAUGUUUCUCUCUUUUUUUUCUUUAUUUCGAAAUAUUUUUUGACACUAAAUUGAUGUUGAUUUGAUUUUUUUCAAACAUUAAACCAUAUUUAUAAUUUACGUGUUUUAAUUUAAUUUCAUUAACCGGAUGUGGGCAACAAAAAUUUAUACCCUGAAUUUAAAAAAACACCGUAUUAAACAGAUUUUGCUCACGGAUUCAAUUCAAUUAAGAUGAAUAUUUUAUUAAAUGAACAUAUAUGAGAAAAUAUGUAAGUAUUGCAUUUUUUUUUUAAUUCAGUGGAAAAAAAAUAAUCAAUCGAUCGCAACUGGACUGUUGGGUUUUUAACAGUUCCUUUAUUAUCCAAAUUCCACUUCCGGUUAAUGAAAUUAGAUUUAAUUCUGUUUGAUUAAAUUUAAUUUCAUUAGGGGUAGGUUGAUUGGCAACACUAAAUUGGCCCUAGUGUGUGAAUGUGAGUGUAAAUGUUGUCUAUCUGUCUUGGCCCUGCGAUAAGAUGGCGACUUGUCCAGGGUGUAAGCCGCCUUCCGCCCGAUUGUAGCUGAGAUAGGCACCAGCACCCCCCGAAACCCCAAAGGGAAUAAGCGGUAGAAAGUGGAUGGAUGGAUGGUAAUUGAAUUGAUUCAAACACAAUAACCGUACUUCCUUGAAUUGCCGCAGGGCAUAUAGUAUGCGCCUGCCUUGAAUUACCGCCGGGUCAAACUCGUGACGUCACGAGUGACAUUUCCCCUGUCAUCAUUUUCAAAAUGGAGGAGGCUGAUUUCAAUAUCAGUCAUUUGAAAUCGCAUAAAGGGAAGAAGAUUAACCUAUUCAGUAGGAUUUAAGGUCCAAGCUUACAUCACACUCAAAUUUUUACUGCAUACCUUUGGUAAGUGCCGGAGUGAGAAGAGGUUUUAAAAUAAUUAGCCCAUGCUUACUUUUACCCCAUGCCUUUGGUAAGCGCAGGAGUUAGAAGAGGUUUUAAAUUAAAUAGCGCCCCGGCGGCAAUUCAAGGAAAUACGGUAAAUCUAAUUUCAUUAACCGGAUGUGGGUUUUGAGAUUGGAAGCAACAAAAAUGUAUACUAUCCAACAAUUUUCUACCGCUUGUCCCUUUUGGGGUCACUGGGGCCUAUCUCAGCUGCAAUUGGUCAGAAGGCGGGGUACACCGUGCACAAGUCGCCCCGCUCUGAAUUAAAUACUUUUUUUUUUAAAAGCACCGUAUUGAACAGAUUUUGUUCACUAAUUCAAUUCAAUUAAGAUGACAAUUUCAUUGAUUUAAAAUAUGUGAGCAAAUGUGUAUUGGGAUUUUUAACUUAAGUGUGUAAAAAAAAAAAUGUAAUCGAUCACAACUGGACUGUCAGUUUUUAAACUGUUACUUUAAAACUCAAACCCCACUUCCGGUUAAUUAAAAUGAGAUUUAAUUCUGCUUGAUUCAAUGACAUGGGAUAGGUUGAUUGGCAACACUAAAUCGGCCCUAGUGUGUGAAUGUGAGUGUGAAUGUUGUCUAUCUGUGUUGGCCCUGCGAUGAGAUAGCGACUUGUCCAGGGUGUACCAUGCCUUCCGCCAGAUUGUAGCUGAGAUAGGCACCAGCGCCCCCCGCGACCCCAAAAGGGAAUAAGCGGUAAAAAAUGGAUGGAUGGAUGAAAUUGUCGGCGUAAGUUAAAAUUAGGUUACAUAAACUAUAUUUUUGUAAUACAUUAAUUAGUGGUUAUAUUCCAACAUCAUCUUCAACGUAAACAUUGUAGCAGAGUGGACCCUCGCUUUAAAAGUUUGAAAAUAAAGCACCUUCCUGUUUUCCUUCACUAACUGCAUGUUUAUUUCCAUUUCAUAAACGCUUCACAGGACAUUUUGCAACCAGGAUGUUUGUAUCGCAGGCGGAAAUAAAGCGUUGUCAUACA